AUGUCUGACGAGCCCAACGAAGCCCGUUUGCUGCUAGUCUCCAAUCGCCUGCCGAUCACCAUCAAGCGGUCUGACGAUGGAAAAUAUGACUUUUCAAUGUCCUCUGGAGGUCUGGUCAGUGGACUGAGUGGCCUUUCGAAAUCAACUACCUUCCAGUGGUACGGCUGGCCCGGUCUGGAGGUGCCCGAGCCUGAGAUCCCUGUCGUCAAGCAGCGCCUUAAGGAGGAGUAUGGCGCUGUGCCCGUCUUCAUUGACGACGAGCUGGCGGAUAGGCAUUACAAUGGAUUUUCCAACUCCAUCCUCUGGCCUCUGUUCCACUACCACCCUGGUGAGAUCACAUUUGACGAAUCCGCCUGGGAGGCUUACAAAGAAGCCAACCGGCUCUUCGCAAAGGCGAUUUCUAAAGAAGUCAAGGAUGGCGAUCUCAUCUGGGUCCACGAUUACCACCUGAUGCUUCUACCGGAGAUGCUGCGCGAGGAGAUCGGCGACAGCAAGAAGAAUGUCAAGAUUGGCUUCUUCUUACAUACCCCCUUCCCUAGUAGCGAGAUCUACCGAAUUCUUCCCGUGCGAAACGAGUUGCUUCUGGGAGUCUUGCACUGCGACCUCAUUGGCUUCCACACCUACGACUACACACGUCACUUCCUCAGCAGUUGCUCACGUCUAUUGGGUCUCGCCACUACGCCAAAUGGCAUCGAAUUCCAGGGCAAGAUAAUCACAUGUGGAGCAUUCCCUAUCGGCAUCGACCCCGAGAAGUUCACAGAGGGACUGAAGAAGGAAAAGGUGCAAAAGCGCAUUGCGAUGCUGGAACAAAAGUUCCAGGGUGUUAAACUCAUGGUUGGUGUCGAUCGCCUCGACUACAUCAAGGGUGUCCCGCAAAAACUGCAUGCGCUCGAGGUCUUCCUCAGCGACCACCCGGAGUGGGUUGGGAAGGUUGUUCUUGUGCAAGUUGCUGUACCCAGCCGGCAAGAUGUCGAGGAGUAUCAGAACCUACGUGCCGUUGUUAAUGAAUUAGUUGGACGGAUCAACGGAAAGUUUGGAACCAUUGAAUUCCAGCCUAUCCACUUCCUCCACAAGUCCGUCAACUUCGACGAACUCAUUGCUCUUUACGCCGUUUCAGAUGCCUGCAUCGUCUCAUCAACCCGCGAUGGUAUGAACCUGGUGGCGUACGAGUACAUUGCUACACAGCAGAAGCGCCACGGCUCCCUGGUUCUCUCUGAAUUUGCCGGUGCCGCCCAGAGUCUCAACGGCAGUAUCAUCGUGAACCCCUGGAACACAGAAGAAUUAGCAGGCGCCUACCAAGAGGCCGUCACAAUGAGCGAUGAGCAAAGAGCUCUUAAUUUCGCUAAAUUGGAUAGAUACGUCUCCAAGUACACCAGUGCAUUCUGGGGUCAAUCCUUCGUCACGGAACUGAAUCGCAUAUCAGCGCAUUCCGCUGAGAAGUUCCAAUCCAAGAAACUGGCGGAAGAAGCCGCCGCAACCUUGGAAGAGAAAGUGAAAACAAAACACCUUUGGCAUGCAAUUGCUUCUGAGCAGCUCAUGGUCAUUUUGAUAGAGUUGUAUACUAAAGGUGCAAACAGUGCAAACGGGCUUCCCCGAGAAAUUCUCGAAAUCUCAACAGCCGACACCUUGAGCUCGCAACCACUGGAGGUCCAAUUACCACCCAUUUCAUCCUGCGCCUUGCUUCCCAGAAAGCUCGAACCAUUAAAACUCCACCAAAAAGCCAGAAGGAGCAAAAAACCACACACAAUGACUCCAAGCCGCCUCCUCCGGGCGACGAUGCCACUCCGAACCAGCUUCACGCCUCUGUCCCUGACACGCACCCCAAUCCUCCAAUCAACAUCAUACAUUACCAGCCGGAGCGCUUCAACAAGUCCCCCACAAACCGCCGGCACCGAAACCCAAGCACCCUCCAAACUCCGCAAUUACGCCUCAGCCCUGAAGACCGGCACCGUCGUCUCCGUCGGCCGCAUGGAGCGCACCGUCCGCGUCCUCCACCGACACACACUCUGGGACCGCCACAUCCGCAAAUACUACCCGCAAGAAACCAACUUCCUAGUCUCCGACCCGGCCAACUCCCUCCGCGCCGGCGACGUAAUUGAAUUUUCGUCCGGUGCGCCUAAGAGCAAACACGUGCACCAUGUCGUUGAGCGUAUCAUCACGCCGUUCGGAGAGAGCAUUGCUGACCGGCCCGCUGUUCUGAGUAAGGAGGAGCGCGAAGCGUUGCGGGAGACUCGCUGGGCGGCGAAGUACCUUCGUCGUGAGUCGAGACGGCUUGGGAGGGAGGUUGAUCUUGUCGAGGAGGCGAAGAAGGCGGGUGUGGAGGUUGAGGAGGGUCUUUCUUCUGCGCAGCUGAUUCACAGAAUCCAUGCGGAGAAUGAGCGCAUUGGGAAGGUGAAGAGGCUUAUUCAGGAGCGGACUGGGGUCGAGGAAGAGAAGAGCGAGUAUUUGUCCUAA